AUGGAGCAUGACUCCUACAAGUUCAUGCAAAAAUGCGAUCAGUGUCAGAUACACGGAGAUCUGAUCAAAAUCCUACCCACAGAGUUACACGCAAUGAGUUCUCCUUGGCCUUUUGUCGUGUGGGGAAUGGACGUCAUAGCACCCAUUGAAUUCAAUGGACAUCGUUUCAGCUUAGUCGCCAUAGACUACUUCACCAAAUGUGCGGAGGCAACUUCUCCCAAAUUGGUGACCAAGAAAGUGGUAGCUGACAAUGGCGCCAAUCUGAACAACCAUUUGAUGAAAGACAACAACGAACAAUUCAAAAUCACUCACAAGAACUCUACCGCCUAUCGGCUACAGAUGAAUGGAGCUGUGGAAGCUGCCAAUAAGAACAUCAAAAGGAUUUUGAGGAAAAUGGCCGACAACUACAAAAAUUGGCACGAGCAGCUGCCUUAUGCUGUGUUGGGAUACAGAACAACGACCAGAACUUCGACCAGGGCAACUCCAUACCUUCUCGUUUAUGGUACGGAAGCAAUCAUACCCGCAGAAGUAGAAAUCCCUUCACUCAGGAUCAUCCAAGAGGCAGAACUGAAUGAUGCAGAAUGGGUCAAGAACCGUAAUGCAAAAUUGGCCAUGAUAGGAUAA